UGAAGUAGUAGUGAAUUCCAUAUAUCAUGAAUUCCGCCAAAGAGAAAUGCACUUUGGACGAGAGCCUGUAUAUGCAACUAGAUGCAAGCCAAAUAAUGGAAGAUAUCAAAGAUGAGGAGAACAAAAAUGUAGGGUCGAACAAUGCAUCAUCUAUUAUGCCAGACAAGAACAAAAUGGAACUGACGACUACUGCUAUAAGUGCCAAUCGACUUGGAACUGCACUUGGCUUUCUUUCUAAUGGAUAUCAGUAUGAAGUGACUGGUAUAAUGAACCUUAUAUUUCAACUUGAAUAUGGAAAUCAGUACAGUUCCUUUCUAGAGUAUUCCUUAACAGGUGCUCCUCUAUUUGGAGUUCUCAUUGGUCAGCUGUUUUUUGGAAUUGUUGCUGAUAUUCACGGUAGGAAAGCAGGCCUUGUUAUUACAUCUAGCUUUGUUGUUAUAGGUGCUAUUAUUUCAACAGCAUCUUAUGAGGGAGCCUCUCUGUUUACAGCUACUUGGAUUACUCUACUUACCGUAGUUUUGAUGGUUCUUGGACCUCUAGCAUCCUCAUUUCUAAUUGAUAUUUUGGGAAGAAGAAACGUGCAGUUGAUCGGUUGGCUGUCAUUAGCAUCCAUUAUUGCCAUCACAGUAGGCACCUAUCCAUUACUUUUUAAUCAUGCCUCCGUGUAUGUUUUCCUCAAUACUGUUCGAGCUGCAUUGCAAUACUUCCUUGCAGUAUCCAUUUAUCUCACUCCCAAUGAAAUUUUUCCGACAAUUUACAGAGCUAGGCUGUAUAGAUUCUGCUCAGCCUUUGGUAAGGUAGGUGCUGCAAUCGGUGUUCAUGUGUUUCUUUCAAUGCAGCAGUCAUUUGGAGGAGGUACGAAGGGUUUAAGAGGAAUGCAGUAUUUUGAUGCUGCAUUUGCAAUUCUUGGCUUGCUUGUUGCGCUUCUCCUUGUUCCUGACUUGAGGAAGACAUCCUUAUGGGACUGCAAUGUGAACUUUAUGGAGAUGUGUAAAGAAGAUGUCAAUGACUCUGACAAAGUUCGGAAGGAUGAUUCUAAGAUGGAAGACUCAAAAUUGAGUUCGGUUGUAAAGGAGUCAAUCGCCUAAAAGCUGUUUAUGAAAUUCCGAAAAUAGUGGUUGAUAAUUUUACGGGCAUACUCUUGUUAGUUUAGUCAUUGUUUCGUUGCUAAAUAAAGUUUUGGAGGAAUGAAAAGAGUGUCACUCUCAAGAGGUCGAUUAGUGACGUCAAGUAAUUGAGAAACAGUCAAAGAAUGAAAAAACAUUGCCAUCAACAUCUGAUCAUUUCAGCGGGAAUACUUCUAAGGGUGGGGAAGAAUUCCAGUUCAAAAAAGACAUUGCUACAAGCUCAUUAGAUAUCAAUGCGAAAAUUUCUCUUACGACAUUUUUGGAGUAGAAACGAAGCUUCCAUCCUUGUCUAACAUAAUAUUCAUAAGCCACUUGAAUACAUGUCACAGUUUCUUUUGUGCUCAAAUGUGCUUGACGUUUUUAAAGAGACUAAACUAUCCGAAGGACAAAUCUGAAUGUUAACAACAGUUAUUGGCCGAAAUCGGGUAGCCUCGUCUGUCUUCCAGAAGAAAAAAAUUAAACAAAGCAAAGAACUUUAAAGAAAGGUAAAAGAGCGAUAAGAAAAAGGAAGACAAAGUU